GAAGUCGGGGUCCACGAGCCAUCGCUGGCACGCGUGUCCGUUUGGUAAGAUAAAUUUGGCGACCUUAGGAUACAUUUUUAGCAGCGAGGUUCUUUAUAGAAAGAAGAAUAAUGAUUAUCCUCUUCAUACUUGCUUUGAGUUUGGCUUUUUACUGGUUUUACUGGACAGUUAAUGUCAAAAAAAUGGACAAAAUGACAGCAUCUUUGCCGGUUCCGCCCACAGUACCAGUCCUUGGAAAUGCUAUGCUCUUCAUUGGAAACUCACGGAAAAUCCUACAAAAUAUAGAAGACUUAGCAACUUUGGCUUUUAAAAAUAAAGGAUCAACAAAGUUGUGGCUUGGACCCAAAUUAUACGUAGCUAUAGGAGACCCUGAAGACGCCCAAGUCGUGCUGGAGAACUGUCUUGACAAAGAUGUCGUGUACCGUUUUUUGCGACCUUGGCACGGACACGGUCUUUUCGUCGCACCAGUGGACUUGUGGAAAUCACACAGGAAAGUACUACUGCCAGUGUUUCACAAUAAAAUAGUUGAACAGUAUGUAGACGUGAUAGGGGAGCAAGCAGAAAUACUUGUCAAAAAACUUGAUGAGCAGCUAAAUGGAGAAGAGUUUGAUGUGUUAAGAUACAUCACUGCGUGUACUUUGGAUAUUGUAUUCGAGACAGCGAUGGGCGAACGCAUGGAUGUACAACACUGUCCAAACACGCCUUACCUCAUAGCUCGUCACACCGUCAUGACAAUUCUAAACAUGCGCCUUUUCAAGGUGUGGCUCCAGCCGGAUUGUCUCUUCAACCUGACGCCUUAUGCAAAGCAGCAAAAAGACAAUAUUGACCUCACGCACAAGUUUACGGAUGAGGUUGUUAAAAAAAGGCGACUAGAAUAUCAAAGAAAGAAAUAUAACGACAACCUGCAACAGUCGGAUGGAAAACCUAAGCCAGUGUUAGACUUGCUAUUUGAACGAGAAAUUGAUUUUACUGAUGAACAACUGCGGGAGCAUAUCGACUCCAUCACAAUAGCGGGUAAUGACACCACGGCCCUGGUGAUUUCAUACACACUAGUCCUUCUCGGCAUCCAUCGGAAAGCGCAAGAAAAAGCGUAUCAAGAACAGAAGAACAUUUUCGGAGACCUAAAAAGAGGGGCUAAUAAAGAAGAAUUGAUGCAAAUGUACUAUUUAGAGAGAGUUAUCAAGGAGAGCAUGCGUCUCUACACCGUUGUUCCGUUACUUGCACGAAAUAUAAAUAAGGACACAUAUUUGCCCCACUGCGGAGUGAUGCUUCCAGCGGGUACAGGCGCGGUGGUUGGAGCAUUCGCCAUCCAUCGGUCGAAAGCUGUGUGGGGUCCCGAUGCGGAUGAGUUUAACCCAGACCGUUUUCUACCAGAACAUUCUAUGAAAAGGCAUCCUGCCGCUUUCAUUCCCUUCAGCCAUGGCACUAGGAAUUGUAUAGGAAGAAACUUUGGCAUGCUUAUUAUGAAGAGCAUUCUAUCCAGCAUUAUAAGAACAUAUAAAAUUGAAGCAACUGAUAUUGGUCCUCUAAAAAUAGAAAUGCUACUGUUUCCUAUCAAAGGCCACAGAAUUAAAAUAUCCAAACGUUCCGCAAUAUAAAAUAUUACUUUUUUUUAAGAUUAAUCGAUGUAAUUAUAUUAUUAAUUAUAUUGGUCAAAUAUUUUUAUUUUGCUUUAGCGAAACUAUUUAAUAAGACUCUAACAUCAUGUGAACAGAAAUCCGAACAUAUUUGUUUUAUUUUUUUCUAGGCCAAAAUGAUGUCUUCAUGUUUAUUUUAAUACUUAUAAACGAAUUUUAUAAAUGGAUUUGUCUAACAGGGACAGAAACCAGCAAAUACUUAGCUAAUAUUAAAUAACAGUUAAUAAUAGUUAUUAUUAAAUAACAGUUGAAUAACGACUUAUCUAUGUUAAUUAACCUGAAUCUAAAAGUGUUUACAUUUUACAAAUUCAAAGAAUUAUUUUAUUUCAUCAUAAAUGUUCGUUAAUUUGAAGACCAUAGCCUGGAAACAUUAUCAAAGAAAAAAACCAGCGUGAUAUUCAAACCAUCUUGUUAAAGCGUUUCUUGUGGCAAGUGAAAUUUUCGGACACCAAACCCUAUCUCUUUCCAAAAGUUCCUGUUCUUUCUUUUAAGACUGAAAACACGUCCACGGUUUUUCUGGUACUCAUGGUUGUUUGAAGGCGUCGGAGAUCAUUUACCAUCGGGUACCCACUACCUCCUCCUUUUAAAGGCCUACAUCUAAGAAAAUUUGUGACUUAACUGAAUGUACCUACUUAUUUGAUAAUCAUGACAUCGCCUCAAGUGUUAACUUUAACACUUUAACAUUUGAGACGAUGAUAACGGCGAUUUAACGCUGCUUUGUAUGUGAUUGUUGCUGUUGACUUUCAACAAUGUCACUGACUAUAUGAGAUCUAACAACAAAGCUGCUAUUUCAUCGCUUUUCUAAUAGGAAA